AUGCAGCACAAGUUGCCUAAGGGAAUCUGCUUGAGUUUUGAUUUUGAAGAUUCUCAUCUGGAUUUGCCAUUGUUGUACCUGAAAAGAGGAUCCACCAUUCCUUGCACUCCUCUUCAUCAACAUGUUGGUGAAGCUAAUCCUACGGAUGAUAAUUCUCUGCUGGUGGCUUUGGAUGAACAUGGUAUUCUCUUUAAAGAUGAUGGUGACGGAUAUGAAUACAUAAAAGGAGGAUAUCUGUUGACAACAUACGUUUCUGAACAUCAGUCUUCAGUGGUAACUUUAAGGGUUUCAAAAGCUGAAGGAUCUUGGAAGAGACCAAACCAUCGCUUACAUGUGCAACUGCUGCUUGGCAUAGGUGCUGUGCUUGACGCAUGGGGCACUGAUGGGGAGAUUCUGCAAAUCAAAAUGCCCUCAGAAGAUGAUUUGUCAGAAUUAAUAUUGGCCGGCAAAAGGGAAUACAGACUUCGUAUAGGAACUCAAUGGCCUCACAGUCGGGUGGAUGUUAAUGGGUAUGAAGAAUAUAGUGGUGUGGAGUACCGAUCUGCUGGAUGCUUCGAGGAGUAUUCUGUUAUCGAUCGGCAUUUGGAGCAGCCUGGAGAAAUAGAAUCCCUAAACUUAGAAGGUGAUAUAAUUAUAGGAGGCGGACUAAUUCUUGAGAGGAAAAUAUCUUUUCCAGAAAAUGUUCCUGUUAGAAUUUGA